AAAUGCCGCACAACAAGCCCCGCCCCCCCCUCAUCCAGAGGAUCGCCAGACACGCCCAGUCCACGUUCCGGGGCCUGGCCUCGGCGGCGGGGGGGGACGGGGAGGGUCACGUGGCCCCGGAGCGGCUGGGGGAGCUGGUGUCGCUGGUGACGGCGGUGCGAGCCGCCGACCUGAAGAUCUUCCCCCCGAAGGGGGCCCCCCCGGAGGGCCCCCCCUGCACCUACAUGCACAUCUGUGAGACGGAGGUGUUCAGCAUGGGCGUGUUCCUGCUGAGGGCGGGGGCCUCCAUCCCGCUGCACGACCACCCGGGCAUGAACGGCAUGCUGAAGGUUCUGUACGGGAAGGUGAAGGUUCGCAGCUUCGACAAGCUGGAGUCGGGCCCGGCGUCCAGCGUUGCCGUCCCAGCCCGGUUCCGCCCGGCAGUGUCGGCGCCGCAGCGCGGGUCCAUUUGGCGCGCGACGCUGCGCUCGGCGGCCCAGUUCAGCGAGGACAGCGGGCCGUGCAUGCUGACGCCGGCCCGGGACAACCUGCACCAGAUCCAGGCCCUGGACGGACCCGCCGCCUUCCUGGACAUCCUGGCACCGCCGUACGACCCGGACCAGGGCCGGGACUGCCACUACUACCGGUUCCUGAGGCCGGUGGCCGAUGGGGCCGGGGACGACCCGGAGGACGACCCGGAGGACGACCCGGACCCCCCCGAGGGGGGGGAGGAGGCCUGGCUGCUGGAGAUCCCCCAGCCCGAGGACUUCUGGUGCGGCGGGGAACCGUACCCGGGCCCCGCCGUCUCCGUCUGAGACCCGGGG